AUGGCCACCUCCCCAGCUCUAGACGUCCCUGCAGAACCACCACUCAAACGACGAAAGGUGUCGCCCGAACCUCCGGACAUCACGACCCAAGUCGCAGAUCUAGCCGAACAGCUCGACGCACAAGAACGAAAGAAGUACGUCAAAGGAGCCAAACUAGGCUCAGGUCAAUACGCCGACGUCUUCUCCGCCCACCUCGUCUCGGACCCAACCAAACUCGUCGCCAUCAAAAAGAUCAAAGUCGGGCCCGAAGUGAAAGAAUUUGGCAUCUCCUACGACUCCUUGCGAGAAAUCAAGUUUUUACAGGAACUAGAUCAUCCGAACAUCAUAAAACUUCAUGCCGUCUUCAGUACGAAGAACCAAAAUCUCAACCUCGUGCUCGAACAUCUACCCCAAGGAGAUCUAUUAAAGUUGAUCCAAGAUGUGGGCGGAGUCCAAUACACCUCCGCCGAUAUCAAAUCCUGGAUGCUGAUGCUCCUCCGCGCCACCCAUUUCUGCCACAAGAACAACAUCCUUCACCGCGACAUCAAACCCAACAAUCUACUCAUCGCCGCUGACGGGAGCAUAAAACUCGCAGAUUUUGGUCUUGCUCGGUCUAUGGCUGAUCCCUUCCAACCGAUGACGUAUAACACCAUCACUAUCUGGUAUCGACCACCGGAACUCUUCUUCCAGGCGCAGCAUUACGGUGGUCAGGUGGACGUCUGGAGUUGCGGGUGUGUGUUUGCGGAACUCGUGGCGAGAGAGGUUAUGUUUCGGGCAUGGCCAGAGACGGAGAUCAACAUGGUGAAGAUGAUAUGUGAGAAGGUUGGGACGCCGACGGAGGAGAAUUGGCCUGGUGUCAGCAAAUUACGAGGCUAUGUGACGCCUACGGAGUUCGUACCGUUACGCCCUCGAGAUCAGUGGCUUGCGAGUUUUCGGACUAUAGGGGAGCAAGGGGUGGAUUUGCUGGUGAAGAUGUUGACGUUGGAUCCGAGGCAGAGGUUGAGUGCGGAGGGGGUCUUGAGGCACGAGUUUUGGACGUCUGAACCAAGGCCUAGUAGGCUGAAGGACUUGCCACGGAGGGGUGGUGGCGUCGAGACGAUGGGGGAGGAUUUGACGCAGAGGGGUGCAGAGCUACCGAGGCAGAAUGGAAGGGCCGACAAAGUGGCGAGGAAGAUCGAUUUCGGAGCCAUGAAGUGA